UAAUUUUUCAUUUGAUACAUAUCGAAUUUUCUAAUUCAGCAUGCCAAAAAAGUCAUGAUAGCCCACGGCUUGGCCAAAUAUGAUUCGUCCAUUAGCGUAGAAGUGGAUCUCGUAAGUCAAUAGUCCAUGACGUGGCCGAAUAUGAUUGGUCAUUAGCGUAGAAGUUGACCUCGUCAAGUCAACAACACUAGUCACAUGCUAAGAGUAGGAAGAGUCGCAUGCUCAACAAAACCCAGAAGCUGAAAAAUUUUGGUGUGUGUUUGAAGGUUUAUAGAUAUAAUUAGAGACAAAGAAGAAGAAAACCACAGAAAAGAUGAGAAUUUUUUGGUUAGUUCUUGUCAUAAAUACUUUCUGCAACUAUGUUUUAGCCGAUGAGAUCCUUCUAGGUCUUAUUGUGGUCGGUAGCGGUACAUCCAGUCGUAGCUCUCGUGAUCCGAAGUAUAAGAUUGAAUUCCACCCAGAAGACUCGCCUUUCCAUCCUGAUGAUGACCAGGAGUCGGUGGUUGUGCCCAAAAAAAACGGACAGAAAUUUUUAUGUUACUUGCCAAAGGUGGAGAAAGCCAAGAGUGGAGAAUCCGUCAAUCAACUGAAUAUGAGCAGCGGCAUGAUUGUAGAAACCGAGAAAAGGGUCAAUCUGAGAACACCAGAUGAGCUACUUGAAGUGUUGAAAGAUCAAUGUAUCGCCAGUCAAGAGGGUUGGUGGACUUACGAAUUCUGCUACCAGAGGAAGUUACGGCAAGUUCAUUUCGAAGAUCGAAUGGUGGCACAGGAAUUUGUUUUGGGAUUUUACGACGAAGAAGCCACUGCAGCAUUCAACCAAAAUCUCUCUGAAAUUUCUACAUUGAAAGAUCCUCGUGCAAAAGAUGCAUCUCAAAGGUAUUAUGUUCAUCAAUAUACAAAUGGAACCAUGUGUGACCUUACAAAUCAGCCCCGUGAAACAGAGGUGAGAUUUGUAUGCUCAGAGCCUAAAGCUAGGAUAAGUUCCAUCACAGAGCUUUCUACUUGCAAGUAUGCCAUUACAAUACAAUCCCCAAUGCUUUGCAAACACCCCCUCUCUAGAGUCCGAGAUGCACUUGGCAAUGUGCAAUUUUUGUGUCCUCUGAAUUGUGUGCAUGCUAAUUUGCGACAGAUUAUUCGAGGAAGACAGACCCGUAUGGCACACCAUUAACUGCAAUGUUCUUCCCAAGGAUUUCAAAGGAACCAAGGCGGAGAAAGCAAAAACCGAGGACAAAGCAGAACUUUAGGGGCACACCACCAUAAACAUAAUCAAAUUGCAAAAUCAACUUUCUAUUGCCGUUAAAUGUCUUAAUUCAGUAAAGAUAAAGUUAUUGCUUAAUAGACAAUAAAAAUUAAAAAUUAUAUUUUAAAAAAAAUGCGAUGUUAUGUAUA